CAAAAAUCACUCAAGGAGCUAUGAAAUAUAAACAAAAAGAGAAAUGCGUUGAAGUAAUUGAUAUACUCUGUUUAUUUUCAUGACUUGAACACAGUUUAAUCUUAAGAUGUGGAAGUGCCAUAAAUGCGGCAAACCUGUGUAUUUCGCUGAGCGGAAACAAUCAUUAGGGUAUGAUUGGCAUCCAGAAUGUUUGAGAUGUGAGGAAUGUGGAAAACGCUUAAAUCCUGGACAGCACGCUGAGCACAAAGGUGUUCCUUACUGUCAUGUUCCCUGUUAUGGUGCAUUAUUUGGUCCACAAUUGUACGGUCAUGGAACUAGAGUGGAAUCACAUACUAGUUUUGGGAAAGUUGAGAAUAAGUCUUCCUCCAAAAACAUGCCAAGGUCUCAUUUGGAAUCAAAAUUAAAAGUAUUUAAUCAGUAUUAUGACGGAAGAAGUGGUGAAAUACGAUGUCGAGAGGUGAACGGACGGCUUGUGCUGGAAGGAGCAUUGAGAAUUUAUUGGGGGGUAUCAGGAAUGAUACACUUGAAAGAGGACGAUGAUCAGAGAACUGUUGUCACUGUUAGGAAGAGGAACUCUUAUAGAUAUAGCGGGAUCGCAAUCAACGGCCUUCCUGAAAAGCAGUUUGAAAAUGGAUCUAACCAACCGCCUGAGGACUGUAAACCAGAAGCAGUCGAUGAGGCUCAGAACCUGGCUGGCAAAUCGUUAACUCUUCCCUCCAAGCUGGACAUUAAUAAGAUUGAAUGGAAUGAGUUGGAUGAGCUUUUACAGGUGGAAAGGAAAAUAGAAGACGGGGAAAAGCUUUACCAAACAAUGCCUUCCAGCUUACCUAGAGCUCCUACUUCUGCCAACAGUACCAGCAGCUCUACUCCUGAUGCUUCGCCAAUGUCGUCGGAGCUGAAUCCUCCUUUGUCUCCUGAUAUCGAAAAGCAAAAUGGUGAUGAUUAUUCCAGAUGCUUUGAAGAUACUUUGGAAAUGGGAUUCGCUAUAGACCGAAGCCAAAGCAAUCCAGAAGCACUUAGUCAAGGAGUAGGAAGCGGUGGUGAGUCCGAAAGCGAAACGAGGUCUGAGGCUCGAGCAGUGCGAAGAAGAGCCCCCAUCGUCCGACGGGCAGGAGCUCGUAGGAGACGGCUUAAAAGAAGAUGUUCCAUUAAUGGUCAUUUCUAUAAUAGAGAAACUUCCUUUUUUACUCCGCCUUACGGCUCGCAGAUGUCGGUAUGGGUUACCUCCCUAGUCUCAACUAAUGAAGUUAUCAAUCUCAUGUUAGACAAGUACAAAGUUGAUUCUCAUUCGAAUUGCUUCGCCCUCUAUGUGGUUAGGGAUAAUGGAGAACAGAGAAUGCUGAAAGAUGAUGAAUAUCCUUUAGUCACUCGAAUCAUGCUCGGACCUCAUGAAGAUGUUGCUCGUUUAUAUCUGAUGGAUAGGAAGAACACCGUAGAGAUUUCCAGCGAAGUUGCUCAAUUCCUGAAUUUAUCGUUAACUGAGUGUACUGCAAUUUUGGACAGGUACGAGUGGGAAGAGGAACGUGAAGAAAGGAAGAUCAGGGCUAAAUAUAAAGAAAUGAAAAAAAGGAUCAAGCAACGAAUGGAAGAACUGAAAGUGAGAUUGUAAUGUGACCUGGAUGUAAUGUCAUCUGGGUUGUCAUGACACCGCUGCCUGUCGACUGUACUGUCAUGACACCGCUGGCUGUUGUCUGCACUGCAAUGACACAGCUGCCUGUCGACUGAAUCAUAGUGAUUUACUGCUUGUCGACUGCAUCAAAGGAAAAAUGCUACUGAGGUUUUGUUAGUUCUAGAAUGAUUUUGACAGAUCUCUUAAUUUAUUUUUUGAUCAGCGGUAUUAAAAGCGUUCAAAAUUAAUAUUUUAAAGCAUUCACGAUAUUUUAGCAUAACUAAAAGACUAAACUGCAAUACAAAAUUUUAGUUUUUGUUAGGAGCCUAUGAAUAUUGACAUUCUUUAUCGUCUUUCAUUAUGUCUAACAAUUAUCACAUUAAUAAGUAGCCUAAAGAAACAAUUUAAAAAUGUUUAAAUUGUUGAAGAUAGUGUAUGUUUGUAAUUCCGAGUUGAUAUAUUGAUUAUGUAUAUACGAAUGUAUUCAUGAAAAAAAUUAUAUAAGAACUAAUAUUUAUAAAUGUCAUCAGGGUUGUUUGGCCAUCAAUCAAAAGUUAUAAUUUUUCUAAGUUAUGAAUAAAUUCUGUUUUUUGUUGAAAAAAUGUAGCCUUUUGUAAUAUAAUAACUUGAAUAACCAUUUGAAAUAAUAUUUAUUAAAAACUGAUAAUUUUAAAUCUCGGCCUCUAGUGAUAGUCUCGUAUUGCGUGAUAGAAAUUCGAAAUAAUUUAAUUAAUGCCUUAAGAGCCCAAUCACAUUUUUAUUAAUAUAACUGAAACAUUCCUCAAAAAAUGUUAGCUUUAAAUCUGUCUUUGUAUAUACUAACAUAUGAAGGUACAACUAACAUGCUAACUUAUGAAACAGUAGAAAAAAAAAAUUCUCUGCUUUAUGACAUUCUUAUUUUCUUCGCACAUGUUAAUCUAUAUUUUUAUUUUUAACAAUUUUAAUUAAUGGGAUUAAAUUUUAUUCAAAUUUGAGUUGAAAAUACUGGUGAGUGCUCAAGCGUUGAAAAUUAUGCUAUCCCUAAUGUACCACAGCUUGUAUUAUAUUUUAAACUGAUUUUGAAUAUGCAGAUUUGCUUUCAAUCUUAUUGAGUAGCAUUUCAGAACUACCUUAAAACUCUCAAAAGUCAUGAAUAAUUGAUAAUCUUUAUAAAAGAAAGUGACAUUACAAAAAAAAACUUUAACAAGAGUUCAUUUUUUUGUUUGAAUUGUGAUUAACUAAGUAUAAAUGUCUUUUAUAGCAAAUGAAUUUAUCUCAUUUACCAACUAUAGUUUACAAUAUUUAAUACAUAAUAAAAUAUUGUCAUAAAUGUUUUAUUUAGAUAAAAUAAAAUAAUAAAAAGUGUUACUUUUGAGAUUAAACUGUAACUAUAGUAUUACAUGGUUAGAUAUAACCAAUCAUUUGAGCUUUGGCCUGUUCCUACAAUGUUACAAUAUUUUAUUAUGUUAAGUUAAGUAUGUGAUGUGUGAUGUGAUGUAUGUGAUGUG